AUGUACCUUCCUUGGCCGUGGCCGUGGUUUGGGCUUUUUGGUAUGUUUCUCUUUUUUACUACUUCGGGCUCACUUCCCGCCACCGUGAAUAUGAAAACGACGCACAUCCGGUUCUUCUUCAAAUUCUGGUGCAUACGGAUCUCGGUCACCAUGAUUCCAGUGCUCUGGGAGACCCUCAUAUGGGUUCCAUCAGUAUUGUUGUUGUCGGAAAUGAGCAUUGAAUUACAUAAGCACGUGAGCGACUCGAACACCACGCUCCGACUUGGUUUCAAUAAUGUCCUCAGCUUCUAUAUCCCCCAACCCAGAAUAUCUCAGUGGGAGACCGUCUUUGUUGUAAAUCUCGAUACACACGUCAAAAACUCGGGAGAAAUUGAUGGCAAAACUAAAGUCAAGGAGGUGAAGUUCUGCGAAGGUCUAUUAAAAGUUAUUCUCCAUGCCUAA